AUGAAUUUUAAAAAUAUUCAUUUUGCAGAAAAUUCUCAAACAGCGUACUUCAGAAUGCGAUUCGCUAAGGAAGAAGGUGGAAAAAUUCGAGAGAGACAGGCAGCAAUGGGAAAAUCAGAAGCGAAUGUUGGAAGCGAAGCAACCAAUGGAUGUUCAGGUGCUACAAGGUCAAAAACGGGAACUAACCAUGCAAUUAGAUCGGGAGCAGGCCGAAAAACAAGAGCUUUUCAUGCAGCACAGUUAGCGGAUGCAAAUCGAGAUACUUUGGAUCGUCAGGAACAGAAUGUGUUAAAAGAUGAGAAUGAAAAGUUAAAGAAACAGAUUGCCGAUAUCCUGGAUAUUCAGUCUCGGCUUAAUACAGAUGUGCAUAACUUGCAAGAGGAAGUGCGAUGCAAGAAUCAGGAAGUAGAAAAUGCUCAGGAUGAAUCAAAAAGGCUUCGUUUGAUUAUGAACAACGAGAAGAUCCAAUUGGAAAGUAGUAUUGAAGAGUUACAGCGGGAUUUACAAAUGAAAUCGGCUGCAUUACAAAGCUUAAUGCUUGCCAAACAGGAUAUCAAGACGAAUGAAGCAGACUCAGCAAUGAUAACUCGAUUAACAGUGGAAAAUGAGGAAAUGCGAAAUCAAAUUGAUGAGACCAAGAAUGAAGUGAAGAGACACGUUUCCGAAAUUGAAGAGAUGAAAUUAGAGAAUGAGAAGAAACUUACAACUCUUCAAAGCGAAUUGGAAUCCGUGCGAGAAACUGUAAAAAAGAAGGAAGCGGAAUUGUCCAAACAAAGUGAUGAAAUUGAAAAGUUACAAAGUGAACUGAAUUUCGCAUUAGAAAAUAUGCAGAAAGGGGAAGCUGAAUUAUCAGUCAUGCGAAACAGUAAAGUGCACGAAAUUUCACAGCUUCAAGAGAUUUUGAAGAAAUAUAAAUUAGAUGCAGAAAAAGUAAGUAAACAAUUGGAGGAAAGCCAAAAGAAUUUGGCAGAAUGUGAGGAAAAGUAUGAUAUUUUGAAAAAGGAUUCUGAAGCAAAACUUACACUGGAAAACGAUAUUUUGAUAGAUGCUAGAAAGAAAUUUGAGGAAGAAAUGAGAUUACAGGAAACGAAAUUUAGUCAGAGUUUAAAAAUGGCGGAAAUGCAAACACAAGAAGCAGAACAUGAAGCAAGAAAUUGCCAGAUGAAAAUCACUGAUCUAGAACAGGAAAUAAAACUCUUGAGGGUGCAAGCUGACAGCCGGCGUAGUGUUGAUGAACAGAUGCAAUUAUUGCGCGAAGAAUUGAAGCAAGCAAAAUAUAAAAUAGCUGCUCAGGCUGCUGAUUUGGAAAAAGCUGAAGCGGAUGCUGAUGAAGCGGAACGUUCCACUCGUGAAACUAUUGACGAGCUCGAAGAAGAAGUUCGUUCUCUCCAAGAAAAGUUGAAAAUUCUAGAAAUUGAUGAAGAGAAACAGAACAAACAUAUAUUAAUGGCUGAGGAGAAAAUGAGGAAAAAUCAAGAAAUUAGCGAGAAGUACGAGAAGAAAUGUGAAAUGCUGAUGAAGGAACUUGAGGAGGUUCGCUCUACGUUGGCUGUUGCUAAUAAAAACUUAGAAACAUUCAAAGCGGAAUAUGAGAAGCUUUUGGCGAAAGCAAGCUUAGAAGAUGAAGUGCUCACUUUAGCUACUUCAUUGCAGUCAGCCCGCGAUGAAAUUAGUAUAAGGCAUGAUGAAAUCGCAAAACUUCGGAAGGAAUUGCGUGAAAUGCAUGAAGAAAAUGAACGUUUGUUAAUAGAUAUUGAUGCACAAACUCAGGCAUUGCAACAAGAUGUUCAAUUGGCUAGGUCUGAACGAGAUGAAAUGAAAAAAGAAAUGGAAAAAUGUAAGAGUGAUAAUAUUGCUCAGCAGCAGAAAGAUGGACUCGUUUUGGUUGAACUUAGGAAUAAAAUCUCAAAGCUUGAAGAACAAAUAAUUGAAAAGGAAAAGAUGUUCUCAUCUCUACAAGAUGAUUUGAGAUCGAAACAUCAGAAAAUGUUGGUUGAAGCAAAGCAAGAGUAUGAGCAGCAGAUUGCUGAACUAAAUAAAGAACUGGGGAAACUGAAAGCUUCUGAAAGCGGAAAAAUUGAAGAACUCAAUGAUGUAAUAACGAAUCUGAGGAAGGAAUUAGCUGUCAAAGGCGGCAGUGUUGUGUCUUUCAGAAUAGAUCAACAUCGUAAAUUUCAAAGCAGUGAAGCACAAAAUCUGGAUUUGAGUCCAAAAUCUGAUUUCGAGGAGAAAUUGGCUACUUUAAAAGAAUGCAUAGCUGAUGUACUUGAGGAAAAAUUAUUAUUCGAACAUGGUGAUUGUCAACCAAUAAUGAUCAACAGAACUACUCAAACAAGGGUGGAGAUGAAAGAGGGAAGACACAUCAUUUCCGUAAAUAAUGAUGAUGACGAAGCUCUAAAGCAUACAGAUAGAAAUGGUUUGUUAUUAGAACAAGAAAUUGAUAAUUUUGAUUGUCAGGUAAAUAGGAGUUCGGAUGCUGUCAAUGAACAACUUUGGAAAUCCAAGUCUAGUAGUGAAAUUUGGAGUCUUAGAGCAGAGUUAGCUUUUCUGAAAAAACAAAUAAGAGACGAAGAAAUGGACAGAAAGUGCCUUCAGAAACAUAUUCAGAUGCUCCAGGCAACCAUUCAGGAAAAUAAAGGAAUUUUGGAUUUGAUUAAAGAAACGGAAAAGGAUAUAAAAAGUGAUAAACUUGAAAACCAGAAAUGUUUGGAUCCAUUUGAGAAACAAAUUGAAAAGCUAAAGGCGGAAUUAGCGAAUGUUCAAGAAUGUCGGGAACAGUAUAAACGAGAAGUAGAAGAGAGAGAUUUGGAUAUUGCUAGUUUGAAAAAAGAUAUUGAAAUUUUAACAAAUGAUAUAAGAUCUUGCAAAACACGUCUUCAAGAAAGCAGUCGUCUAGAAGAACGAAAUAGAGUGAUCGAGUUUGAAAAUAAAAAUCUUCUCGAUGAAUGUUCAUCAUUGAAAGUGAAGUUGACGGAAUUAAAAGAGCAACUGGUCGAAAUGGAAAAUGGAAACAUGAAAAAGCAUACUGACGAAGUGAAUGAUCUUAAUCAGCAAUUGGAUAAAGCUCGUCAGGCCUAUGAACUAUCAGGGGCAGAAGUGAAACGAUUACGAGAGCAGUCUGAAAAUCUCUCGAAGGAAGUGAACCAUUUGAGAAAUUUCCUAAAUAUUGCCAAUACGGAAAAAGAGCAGCUAAAAGCAGAAGCAUUCGAGCAACUGAAGGAAAUGGAACGGCUUUCAUGCGAACGGAUGCAGCUAGAAGUAACUCGACAACAGCUAGAUGAAGCGAUAGCGGAAGGUGAGCGUCAAGCUCAGGAAUUAGCAAGAUUAAAAGUUCAAACUAAGAGUGAUCGGCAACAUGAACCCCAUGAUUUGCGCCAACAAAUUCAGACCAUCGAGGAGAAAUGGAAAUUGGAGUGCGAUAAGAGCGAAGCAAAUGCGCAAGCUGAGAAAGAAGAAUUUGAAAAGAUAGCCAAAAUAAAUAAAACAUUCAGUGAGGAGAUCAAAAGACUUAGCAACGAAUUGGAAGUUGAACGAAAACGAAUCAUCGAUUUAGGUACCGAAAAAGUGCGUCUUUUGGAUGAAACUGAACGUCUCAAAAAUGAACUUAACGCACUGAAGACAAGAAAUAUUCUAGAAAAGGAAGCGGAAAGGCAGGAGGGAAAUCGAGAGGAAUUGAGAAGGCUUACGGAUGAUUUCGAGAGGCGGUUGCGGCAGUAUGACAAAGAGUGGACAGUAAAGUCGAAUAACCAAAUGGAAACAUUGAAACGAGAGAUGAAGUUGAUGAAGGAUGAAAAUGAAGAAUUACGAAACCAAAACGAAAGGAUACGAAAGGAAAUGGAUGAGAUGCAACGAGAAUUGAAGGAGAACAAGGAAAUAUCGGAACAAUCGGAUAUAGAAGAGAGAUUGAAAGAAUCGGAGGAUAACGUAACCAGAUUAGAAGCAGCAUGGAACACUCCCACACCACCACCUCGUAAAAGGAUUGGGAAUGAAAUAACCGAUGGAGUGUUGCAGGUAUCGUUGGUGGAAGAAAAUAAGAAAUUGAAAAAAGAUGUCGAAAUGUAA